AAAUUUAGCGGACCAACCAGUUCCAACAAUAGAAUAUGAAGGUUUCUGACCUUAAUGUCUAUGGUUCUGACCUGGCUCCUCUAAUCAAAAGUGUUUGUAGAGGCUGAAAUCGUGUUGCCUUCGUACCACCCACACCAAGCUAGCUUGCGCUAGAUAUUGUUAUGGGAAAGGCUGUUCAUUGUAAUGACAGAUGGACGUGAAGACGGUUCUGCAAUUCGCCGCCACCACAAGAGGCUUGUCACUACUAAUACAGGCUCUCCUAAAUGCUGCAAUCCCAGAUCACGAAGCUGAUGCAUUCACUCCUCCACGUGCAGAGGAGCCUCGGCUUCUGGACCCUGCAGUGCAAUGGUUUCUAGGGGGCCUUUCCCACUGGGAUGCAGAGCAUUUCCUCUUCAUUGCUGAGAGGGGUUACCUGUAUGAGCACAACUACGCCUUCUUCCCCCUGUUCCCUGUCAUAUUGCGGGGGCUUGCAGAGACUAUACUACUGCCCCUCAGUGGCUGUCUUACACUGCGUGGACGCCUGCUACUGGCUGUUGCCUUGGGUAACAGCGCCCUCUUCCUGCUGAGUGUGGUAGCACUGUAUGGACUCGGCCGUGUGGUGCUGCAGGAUCGCCGUCUUGCUCUAGUCUCAAGUUUACUCUACUGUCUCACCCCUGCCAAUGUCUUCAUGACUGCUGGUUACUCCGAGAGCCUGUUUGCUGCACUGACCUUCGGUGGCCUCUUUCUCCUUGAGAGAGGAUACACCCUCAGAGCCUGUCUGGCUCUGAGUAUAGCUACUGCUGCGAGAGCCAAUGGACUUGUUAAUGUAGGAUUCUUGCUGUAUCUGCCCCUGCAACAGGCCCUGUCCAAGAUCUGGGGACUGCGUAAGGACAAUAACAGGCACAAAAAAUGCCUCCACUACACCUGGAUCGUCGCUCGUCUCCUGUUCACGGCUGCAUUGGGCACAGCAGUUAUUGCGCUCCCCUUCUUGGUCUUCCAGUACUAUGGGUACAGGGUGUUCUGUACACCCUCCCUCUCCUUGGAGCAGGUUUCCCCUGCCCUCAUCCAGCUUGCUGAGGAUAAAGGCUACAGGGUCCCUGACGAAAACGCACCCCCACCCCUCUGGUGCCUGCGACCCCUCCCCCUACUCUACUCUCAUAUCCAGGAUGUGUAUUGGGAUGUGGGCUUCCUGCGCUACUUCCAGCUUAAGCAGAUACCCAACUUCCUGCUGGCAUUGCCCAUGGCAACUCUGGGCAUGGCGGCGGCCUAUAUGUACUAUAGGGCUAACCCAGCCAGGUGUCUGAGACUGGGGCUGUGGGACGGAGGGGCAAAUAAACGGCCAGACAAACCCACACCUGGAUUUUACAGCCCCAGGGUGUUUUUGUAUGUGGUGCAUGCUACAAUGCUCCUGGGAUUUGGAACAUUCUGCAUGCAUGUGCAGGUUUUGACCCGGUUUCUGUCUUCCUCCUCCCCUGUACCUUUCUGGAUCAGUGCCCACCUGCUCUUACUCUACGAGCCUCUCCUUCAGCGAAGGUCACCACCCACAUACAAUAAGGGGCAGCAGCGGGGGACACCUAGAACUGUCUUCUUGUACUUACCCCAAAACCCCAUUGUUCAUCUACUGUCCCGCUGGAAGACAUGCUCUAUUCCCACACGAUGGAUUCUAGGGUACUUCAUCUCCUAUUGGCUUAUGGGCCUGGCACUGCACUGUAACUUCUUACCAUGGACUUGACAUGACACUUUCUACUGAAGAUCUGAUGUGUGCACAAAAUACUAUUUGAGGGCAAUAAUAAUAGCUCUGAAGCUUGUCAUUUUCUGCCUGCUUCAUAAAUAGACAGUUCCGUUUUGAGAUCGCAACUGGCUACUCCCCUCUGUUAGUGUUCGGCAAUAAAGUUCAAGCGUUUUAUUUGCACUCAUCUAAUUUUCAGAAAAUUGCAUAUUUUAAUAUUUCUUUAACAAGAAAAACAUUGGAUUGAUUCGUAAUCCAGCAUUGAUGCACUGAUUAUAUCAAAUUGUCUCUGAAAAUGUACAGGGUGCAGUUUGUGCAUGUGUUAUUGUAUUUUUUUUGUUUACUAAAGAGCUACUGUAAUAAAGCAUUGCUGUGUUUUUUAAAUUAA